AUGGAUCCCUUUGACGAGGCCAGCCAUGCCUUUUUGGCGUGGCUUCGGAAUACUGGUGCUGAAGUCAGCAACAAGAUCGAGCUCAAAGAUUUGCGCAACAUGCAAGCUGGGCGCGGCGUCGUUGCAACCCAGGAUAUCCAUGAGGAUGAAGUCCUUUUCCGCAUUCCCCGCUCCGCCCUCCUCACCGUCGACAACUCGAUCCUCGCCUCUGAAAUCCCGAAAGCUACUUUCGAUCACCUCGGUCCAUGGCUCUCUCUGAUCUUGGUCAUGCUCUACGAGCAUGUCAACGGCAACACCUCCAACUGGGCUCCCUACUUCAACAUCCUCCCCUCAGAACUCAACACGCUCAUGUUCUGGGAGGCCGACGAGCUCGCCGAGCUCCAGGGAAGCAUGGUCCUGCAGAAGAUUGGCCGAGCAAGCGCAGACGAGCAAUUCACGAGGGAGCUUGUUCCGGUGAUUCGCGAGUUCGCGGGGGUAUUCUUUUCCGGGGACGAGAGGGCUCAGGAGAAAGCCGAGCAGAUGGGCGAUGCCCAGCAUCUGAUGCUCAUGCACAAAAUGGCCUCGCUCAUCAUGGCGUACGCUUUCGACGUCGAGCCUGCAAACUCUAGCAAAAUCGCAGACGAAGACGGAUAUGUUUCCGAGGACGAGGACGCUGCGCUGCCGAAAGGCAUGGUACCUAUGGCCGACAUGCUGAAUGCAGAUGCGGAUCGUAAUAAUGCUCUCCUUUUCUACGAAGAAGACUUCCUCAGCAUGAAGGCAACCGUCCCCAUUAAAGCCGGCAACGAGAUCUUCAACGAUUACGGGCCCCUCCCCCGCAGCGACCUCCUCCGUCGAUACGGCUACGUCACAGACAACUACGCGCAAUACGACGUCGUGGAACUCUCCUUCGACCUCGUCUCCGCCCUCGCUACACAGCACAACAUCUUCGAGCAAGCUCGCUUAGAAUAUCUCGAUGAGCAGGGCGUCGUAGACACGGGCUACGACAUCUGCGCCAGCGACCCUUACACGAUCCAGGAAAGCAUGUCCCCCGAGCUCAUCGUGCUCCUCGAGACACUGUUGCUACCCGCCGACGAGUUCGAGCAUCUCGCGCGCAAGGGGAAAUUGCCCAAGCCGGAGAAGAUGGGUGCUAAAGCUGCGGAGAUGUUGCUGCAGUUGGUCAAGGCGAGGACGGCACAGUAUGCGACUACUCUGGAAGAAGACGUGGGUUCCGCCUCCGAUGUGAACAUGGAGGGUGAAGAGUCGUUGAAGGAGAGGCGAUUCGCUAUGGCUAGGGCAGUGCGGAUUGGUGAGAAAGAGUUGUUGAGGAAAGCGGAACUUGCGCUGGAGCAAUUCAUUCGAGAUAAGAAUACUGACAGCGGUGCGAACAAGAGACAGGCGUUUGAAGAGGAGGAUAGACCGGGUAAGAAGCAAAGGUCGUGAUGCCGACAGUUGCAUGAGAAUUCUUCAGCUGG